CUCAAGUACAGACUUCGGAUAUCCAUUCUCGCGCACAAUGCACACGUAUAUCGGGACAGUUUAAAUCUAUAUAAUACACAUAUUGGUAUUUAUUGUAAAUAUAGUUAUAGGCUGGAUUAUUACAUAGAGAUUAUGGGCACUGGAGUAUACGAAGACGAUGGAGAGAGCAAAUUGCGGGUGAACGAAGAGGUGCAAUCGGGUGACAGCAGUGGCUCUGAAUGUACGGAAGUUACCUGUGUCGUACCUUCGAGCUGUAUUUAUAUACAUAGAGUACGGGUUCUGCGUAUAUGCGUAGUUGCGGUUCUAGUUUACUGCUUGAUAACGAGGAAAGGGAAUUAUGGUCUAUUCGACACAAGUAGUAUAGCCAUAGAUACUCUCAAGCCCUCUUUAGACUCGCAAUCGCAUACAGGGUCAGCUAGUGCGGAUCCAUUAGUGCAAGCAAAUAUCUUCUUUCAGUCUUCGUAUACCUAUACGAAAGAGAGUAUCACACCGGAUGUGAUACUGUAUAACCAGGGCUAUAACUUAGUUCUGGCCAGAAACGGCUCAGUCGUGCGCACACAGUCGUUCAUACCAGCUAGCGUGACGACCUUGAAGAAUGUCGCGCACAUACCCUUGUCAUUGUACUUACACUGUGUGCGUGUGGUGAAGCGAUUGGACAACUUGAGACAGUUCCCACACAGCACUGGUACGGAUGGUGCUGAGCACCCAACGGGUGCUGACUCAUCAGAAAUAAGUGGGAGCUCGCAUAUGAUAGAAAGUAGGGAUGCUACACAACAUACAGACGAUAAGAGUAUGAAUACACAAGGGGACGGUAGUCUAAUGGGCCGCAAUGCUGAGGAUAGCCUGAAAAGUAUAGAGGACCAAGAGUCUGGUGCAGUAUAUGAGCACAGUUUACGUAUCCUUACAAGCGAAGAAAGGCAGUUCUUACUGGACUUCAGGGAUGUGUUGCAUGGCGUUGAUUUGGAGUCGCCAUCUCACGCAACUGUUAUUAAUAGCACACAGAAGGAGAGGCAGAUGCAAAUUAUGGAGAUGUCGCGUGCGUUUCUUGAACAGUUGUUGGCUGCCGAUAAGUGGGGCUCUGCCGAGUUCUUCACACUCGAGACUAUACAUACAUACACGGAAAGUGUAAAAGAAAUGCUUCGUACUAAUACCUUCGAGGCUGCUGGUGAUCUUAUCAAUGAUCUGCACGGCGUGUUAAGUAGUUGGGUGGGGUUGGAUACCAAUAGCACGUGCGUAGACGACCCAAGGUGUAUCACCCAGAGUGAGAUACGCAACGAUGUGCAUGUUCUGGUGUAUGGGAACCACAUGGCCAAGAAAGGAUCCCUUCUGGCUGUAUAUUUCACUGAGUUGCUGAAAGCACCCAAUAAGAACGGAGAUUUCGAGUGCUUCGGCGCUAGAUUUGUGAGUGAUACGAACAUGAAGGGGCUGCCAGAUCGGCCUAAAGACGGGGUAUUGAAUAACUUCGCUACACAUCAUGCGGAUGCAAGCCUAGGUGAUGCGUUUGGGUUCAAUAUGCACAGAGAUAUACUCGAAGAAGGUGCGAUUGCCGCGACGAGAGAUUUGGACUGGGGUGGUAUAAUUGGCGAUUGAAUGUAUUGCGGAGCGAUAUCCAGAUACAAAUCUAGCGAGUAAUUAGUCUCUUCGAAUACAAUAGUUCAUGCUGUGAUCGGCUUAUAGUCGAGGUUUACGAAUCAUUUCGCCAUACAUCAUGCGGGUGCAUUCCUGAGCGACGCGUUUGGGUUCAAUUCGCACAGAGAUAUAAUCGUGGAAGAUGCGGCUGCUGCUACGAGUGAGUUGUAUUGGGGUGAUUCAAAUGGGGAUUGAGCGUGACUUGCUACGAUUUAAGGAGCCAAAUCCAGCGAUCAUCCGGCAAGUCAAACAUCAAUUACUAUGAAUUAUGGUGUUUGACUGCCCAGGAGCCGCAACGGAGUACACUAUGAAGGUAAGCUACUGAGAGCGAGUGCUGUAGUUGCCGUACAGAUGUUGCAUUGGGAUGACACGACGGGCAUUGAUAUGACUGAAUUGGUAUAUUGUAUGCCGUGGUUAAACCACGUGGGGACGAGCAUCGUUAACGGCUAGCCACGUGUUCAGCGAAUCUUCGAGAGAGUCGGGUCAUCAUCACAACUUUUCUUACGUCGGCAGCAUAGUUCACAACACGUGGCGCGUAUGCAGGGUAUAUCUCUGUCAGCAGUAUACGCCCUCCGGAAACGAUACUCUCAGAUUUUUAAGGCACAUUCAACAGGACUACACCACACCCUUUUUAAGUACACAGGCAAUCGCUGAUAUUUCCUUGUCUGGAACUCCCGCCAAAUAAGCCUUGGGCUACAACAGCCGCGAACUUCGGUUGGAUAGUACAAUAGUUCUACACUUAAUCCAUAGUUGCUGUAUGCGUUGUUUGGCACAAUGCCAAGCAAACACAUACGCCAAAUAGGCGCAUGGUAGUUUUGAUAUGUGUGUGUCAGCAGUGCCAUGGGACCAGCACCACAAUGCUUCCAACGGUUGAUCUGCUGUGCAUUUGGACUCGUAGUAUUAGACCUAAAGCCCACUUCAAUGGUAUGAUAGGAGAUGGUACUAUAGAUAUGAUUGGAGAUGGUGCUAUAAAUAGAGGGCACACCUGAAAAAUCAUGGUCUGUAGUAGUAUGUACUAAAACUAAGCACACUACCCCGCGGUUACGAUAUGAGUUAGAGACUACAUCACUGCCCACAGAAUGCAGAAUUCGAGACUGUGCUCUAAAGAAGAGUCGUCAAGGAGUCCGUCAGCGCGGGUUUAUAAAUUCAAAGCUAUAACAUUGACUAUGGUUACCACAGAGUGUGCAUCUAAACAUGUUAUUGCACUACCCCAUGAUUUGCAUAAAGGUAAAAGGGCUCCAAAUACUUGAUCUACAAACAUAGUGACCGAUCCGAAAUGUGCAAUUGACUACACCGCGGAAAGGUUGCAUCUUGAAACUUCAGUUUUUAUUAAUUGCGGAAUGUACAAUACUGAUUGUGAGUGGCUUCAAUUGACAGAAUAUAUAUAUACGGACUAUUCACCAAUGGUGCGUUUUGCGCCCACAGCUCGCACGGAGUUGGUGAUUUGUUAUUCAUGCGCCGUAAGAUUGGUUAUGCCACGCGUGAUGUAUUUGUGUGACCAUACACAAUUGUAUAUUGCAUACACACACGUGUGCAAAUCCUGGCACCACUCAACAUAGAACAUGCGCGUGUAAUGGUAGAGAAGCAGUUCGGCAAAAUAGGAAUUUGGAAUGCAUAUGCUGUUGGUAUGUGCGAGACUCAGACUCGCCUACUAAUACGCGAUAGAUAAUUUCGAUAAAUAUUUAUGACACCCA